AUGGUAGUUGUUUGGGGAAAAGUGUCAACUUCAACAAGUUCCUAUAAUACCAAAACAUUGGCUCCGUACACUGCUUGUGUUGCAGCUUGUUAUAGUGAUGCUAAGUGCUUGGUGAGAGAAAUAUUUUCGAAACUUUUUUAUAAGAUUCAGUCAUAAAUGUAUUUUUAUUUGGAUUUUCCACAAAAAACUUUGAUGAAAUUGAAAUAAUUGCUAUUGAGCAUCUUUAAAUUUUUCUUGAGGAAAUGUCGAGAAUUUUGAAAAAGCCACUAAAAUUUUUUUAUGGAUUGAGAAAUGCCUGAAACAUGUGACUAGACUAUUUUUGAGGGCACUUUUUUCUUCAGUUCAUCCAACAUUCUGGAACAACUUGUGAUUUUUACUCUUAUGUCGAAGCUACCGUAGUCAGUUCAUCAUCAGGAGAACGAGUUGCAUUCAAGGUAAGAGUUGGCUCAACUUUGCAAUAUCACCCCAUUUUCAGACAAAUUCCACAUCGUGUUCCGAUUCACCAGAUCGCCUCUAUACAUCGACAAUCAAUAACUACAAAAUUCAACACGUCGGUGACACGUGGCAAUUGUUUAGUGCAACGGAAGAAGAGUUGAAAUCCUGCCCAACAAAUUGGUAUGAAUCAGCUCGAAAGGGAAGGAAGUGGUGUAUUCGAUUUUUUAGUGGAGAUGCCAUAAAUCAUACACAAGCUAUUGCGAAAUGUGCAGCAAUGGGGGCAAGUUUAACAGCAAUUGAGAGAACUGAAGAAAGUACUUACAUAAAUGGUUAGUUCUGAAAGGAAGUAAUAUGUGAAACAUUCUUAAGAAUAAUUUUCAGUUCAAGUUUAUGCUCUCGAACCAUUAAGCUCACUGAUUCAUCUCGAUGGAAUUAUGAAUGAAAAUUGUGCUCCAUUAGUAAAUAAAGGAAAUCCAGGAUCAGCUUGCACAUUUCCAAAUGGUUGGACUUUCACAGAUAAAUACUUUUCGGAUGUCACCUAUAUUUGGUUUGAUUAUCAACCAGAUGCACAUUUAACAAAUGGAGUUUAUCAGAGAUGUAUGAUGAAAUGGUAUUGGCCUGGAAAUCGUCACGACGGACUUUAUGAUGAUUAUGAGCAAGUUUUUGUUGUUAUUUCGUAG